AUGAUUGACAUGUUUGAAACAUUUUGCAUUCGCACACAUGAGGCAUAUACAGUCGAUAUUCCUUUUUCCAAUAUUAUGGGAGGCAGAUUUAAUUUGGAUUUUGCUCUUUCAUACGCUCACUCGAAGAGUGGUGAUUGCACUAAUUGCCAACUAGGACAAAUCCCAAUGUAUCACAUGCAUUACCAGAGAACUAAUUGUGUGGACUUGCAGUAUUCCAUAAGAUUGUAUUAUCAGAAACGAGUGGAUUAUCUAGUUCACAAACUAAUGUCAUGUUUCGAUAGAAACGAGUUGCAAGCCAAUGCAACCUUAAUUUGUUCUGCACUUUCUCAAUAUCCAUCACCAGAGGAAAUUUCACACCUAUUACGAGACUCAUCAGACUAUCAGGAAAUUUUUCCUUUCGAUGAUCCGUCUUAUGCUCAACAACGAUCAACAGUAUUUGUGGAAUUGAAGAAAAAGAUUUGGAACGCGUACAGAGGUACAUUUAAGACUGAAUCAUCACUUGUGAGAGCCAUUGAUAAGUGCAUUCGAAGAUAUAUUCAUUUAUUUGUGGUCGCUCAACCUCACAUGACUCGUCACAAUUCCUACAUUUUCAUGUCUCUUGAGCGAGUAAUUUACAAAAAUUGUGCAUCUUUUAUAUACUGCAUCAAUUUAACACUUUUACCACAUGUUUGUUCAUUGGUCAAGUAUCGAAUGGAACGAUGUCUUUUGGCAUCAAAGACAAAUUCACAACAUCCAUGCAUGACUGAUUCUUUUGAAAAGAUUCAGCAACAAUUCGAUCAUAUUUUUAAUCAACUCAAUUUCCUCAAUGAACCAUUGUUGCUACCCUAG